CAUUUUGUCUUUAGUUGCGUCAGUAUUGCAUUCUGUUCCUAUCUUUGUUUCCUGUUUUUGCUCAUGUGGCUUAUGUUUUUUUUUGGACUCUGAGAAUAAAACUGUGAAUGGAUCUUUUGUGUGAGCAUUCCAUGACAGAAUACAGACUCCACUUCAAUAUCCAGCAGGUUUUGUUUUUUCCUUUUUUUCCCCUCUUCUGAUGUGUUUUCGGAUUACCCGACCUGCCACAUGGCAGGAGAGAGCUGCUCGAUUUAAGGCUCUCACAGGGUUGCGACAAGAGGGCGGGGAUGCAGGGGCCUUUGCCCAACUCUUCUGGAAUUACUCUGUGGGACUGGGAUUCAAUGACGGGGCACUUAAGGAUUUCUUUAAUGGAUGCCUUGACGAUCCCUUGUCCCAUUGGGAGAUGAAGGGACUCGAGACCUUGAAUUUUUGGGACUUCACCUGGUAUCUUGUUCAGCGAGUUCAGUGGGUUAAACCAGGUCAACAAGAACCCUUUGUAGGGAUUUUACUACCAGUCUUGGCCCUCCUACGGCUACUGAGAAGAGGAGGGCGAGAUGGAAGAGGUCGGUCAAGUCCAGUGGUCCUGGAGGACCCGAUGUGGGUGGUCUCAGAGAUCGCCACAGAAACCACUCUAGUUGUGGAAUGGUUAGAAUCCACCUCAGAGCCCGCUCCAGUCCAGGAGCAGUCAGAGUCCCCUCCAGACUCCGCUCCAGUCUGUGAGUCCUCAGAGUCUAUUCUAGAGCCCGCUCCGGUCCAGGAGAGAACAGAGUCCUCUCCAGAGUUUACUCCAGUUGAUGAGCGACCAGAGUCCACUCCAGAGCCCGUUCCGAUCCAGGAGAGAACAGAGUCCACUCCAGUCCAGGAGUGAUCAAAGUCCACUGCAGAGCCCACACCAGUCUUCAUGAUGGUGUCGUUAGGAGGUCUAUUGGUCGUGAUAGCCCUGCUGAGGUGGUUAUCAGCCUCAACUUUGCUGCCUCCUGCUCUGCUGGCCCCGCCCUUUCCUACUGCUCUGUCGGCUCCGCACGGGUCUCCUGAUCUGUCGGGUCUGCCCUGGCCUACAGCUCUGCCGGCCCCGCCCUGGCACUCUGCUCUGCCGCUGUCUCUAAUCCCUCUUCCAUUACAUGGACCUGGCACGCCAUCCCUCCCCCUGGUCCACCUCCGUUCCACCUCCCUCCUGAACUUUCUUUACUUUUUUUUUUAUGGAGUGUCUGGAAGCUGCUCUUUAGAGAGGGGGUAAUGUCACAGCCAGUUGUUGGAGUGCCCAGCUUAGCCACCAGAGGGCACUCUUUUUGUGUCAUUGUUUGUGUGUUCUGGACUGCAUUUCCCAUAACCCUUUGCACUCAUUAUUGGUUCGUUACUGCCAGCUGUUUAUCAUCGACUCAUUAGCCUCACCCUAUAUAUAUGUAUAUAUAUAUAUCUUGUCAUUUUGUCUUUAGUUGCAUUCUGUUCCUGUGUUGCUAUCUUUGUUUCCU